AUGGCGUCUUCUUCACCAUCGCAGGCGGAUCUUCAGCUCCAACUUCAACCGGAGACCGAGUCUCAGAUGUCAUCUAUCGUCUACGAGAUAGAGAAGUGCAAAGAGCAGAGUCUUGAGAAGAAGAGAGGCUUGGAGGAAGCCAAAGAACAAGUUGAGAAAGCUGCUUAUGCCGUUUUAGAGAUGCUCAACAACAGAGCAUAG